GGGCUGGGCUGGAAUCAGAUCGUGAUUGGCUCGGAUUUGUAGAUCGCAGAGUCUCGAGCCGGUUUCAAGGCGUCUCUUGCCGACACUGCGCAGAGCCAGGCGGCUGGGGGCUCCUAGAAACAGGCGGCAGGGAGCUGAUGGAGUGACACAAAUGGACAGUGGAGUCGGUGCUGGGUUGCUGCUCGGUUCGGGGCUGUUUUGGCAUCCGAAUCGUUUCCAGUGUAAAAAUCAUACGCCCUCUCAAACGAUCAUUUCCUGCCUCGAAGUAGUUUGAAGAGAGGGAAACAGCGAGGGAAAAGUAUGGCUGUGAGUAAUUGUUUCCAUCUGGAUCUGUGCAAACUUGCGAGCGCUCGGUGGCUGUUUGUGCUGCAUCUGUUUCUCCAAGGACUGGGACCUGUGCGGCCACAGGGGCAGUACAAUAGCGAGAGGGGCAUCUCAAUCCCGGACCACGGCUUUUGCCAGCCCAUCUCGAUCCCCCUGUGCACGGACAUCGCCUACAACCAGACCAUCAUGCCGAACUUGUUGGGGCACACGAACCAGGAAGAUGCCGGCCUGGAGGUUCACCAGUUUUACCCGCUGGUGAAAGUGCAGUGCUCGCCCGAGCUAAAGUUUUUCCUGUGUUCCAUGUACGCGCCGGUGUGCACGGUACUGGAGCAGGCGAUCCCCCCGUGCCGAUCGCUUUGUGAGCGGGCCAGGCAGGGCUGUGAGGCGCUCAUGAACAAAUUCGGCUUCCAGUGGCCCGAGAGCCUGCGCUGCGAAAACUUUCCCGUCCACGGAUCUAUUGACUUGUGCGUGGGGCAGAACAACACCGAGAAGGGCAGUCCGACCCUGGAUCCCACCCAGUCCUUACCGAACACCGGGACCAUACACCCCCGGGGUUCCUCGGGCAGGGAGCAGUUCAUUUGCCCGCGGGUUCUGAAAGUGCCCAGUUACCUGAACUACCACUUCCUGGGGGAGAAGGACUGCGGGGCGCCCUGCGAGCCCUCCCGCACCAACGGCCUGAUGUAUUUCAGUGAGCAGGAGCUGAAGUUCUCCCGGAUUUGGAUCGGGAUCUGGUCGGUGCUGUGCUGCGCUUCCACCCUGUUCACGGUGCUGACCUACCUGGUGGACAUGCAGCGGUUCAGCUACCCGGAGCGGCCCAUCAUCUUCCUGUCGGGCUGCUACACCAUGGUAGCUACCGCCUACAUCGCGGGCUUUCUGCUGGAGGAGAGGGUGGUCUGCAACGAGAGGUUCGCCGAGGACGGCUACAAGACGGUGGCGCAGGGCACCAAGAAGGAAGGCUGCACCAUCCUGUUCAUGAUGCUCUACUUCUUCAGCAUGGCCAGCUCGAUCUGGUGGGUGAUCCUGUCGCUGACCUGGUUCCUGGCGGCGGGAAUGAAGUGGGGUCACGAGGCCAUCGAGGCCAACUCGCAGUACUUCCACUUGGCGGCCUGGGCGGUGCCGGCCAUCAAAACCAUCACCAUCCUGGCCGUGGGCCAGGUGGACGGCGACGUGCUGAGCGGGGUCUGCUUCGUGGGCCUCAACAACGUGGACGCGCUGCGCGGCUUCGUGCUGGCGCCGCUCUUCGUCUACCUGUUCAUCGGCACCUCCUUCCUGCUGGCUGGCUUCGUGUCCCUGUUCCGCAUCCGCACCAUCAUGAAGCACGACGGCACCAAGACCGAGAAGCUGGAGAAGCUGAUGGUGCGCAUCGGCAUCUUCAGCGUCCUGUACACCGUGCCCGCCACCAUCGUCAUCGCCUGCUACUUCUACGAGCAGGCUUUCCGCCAGCAGUGGGAGAAAAGUUGGGUCAGCCAAGCCUGCAAAAGUUACGCUAUCCCCUGCCCCUCCGGCGAGCAGCCCCACAUGAGGCCGGAUUUCACCGUCUACAUGAUCAAAUACCUCAUGACACUUAUAGUGGGCAUCACCUCAGGCUUUUGGAUCUGGUCCGGUAAGACUUUACAUUCAUGGCGCAAGUUCUACACUAGACUCACAAACAGUAAGCACGGCGAGACGACAGUGUGAAAAAAAAAACAUUUUUUAUUUACAAAAAGAACAAAACAUUUCUCCCUCCGAGAGGGAGGGAGAUUACACACACACACAAAGUCCUAACUUUGAAAUGUGACAGACUCUUUCAAGUACUGUACCUUGUAAAUAGCAUCUGUAAGAUUUUUGUAAUUAUAUAUUUGUAUUUAAAAUAUCACCUCCAGAGGUGUAUCUUGUUUCCCCAA